AUGGUUUUCAACACCCAACAACUAUUCGCGUCCUGGUUGCGACAUGAAAAAGAAAUGAAGCUGCGGCUGGUACCAUUCGGCAAGGCUUGGGUUGAAGAGCCGCCUAACGAACAGCCCAAAUUGCAUUGCCAGCACGGACCACGGGAAUGUCAGCUGAACAUUUUGCACGGAUGCAUUCUUAAAAAGCUGCCUCCCAAAAAGGCAUUUGCGGUGGUGGUGUGCCUCAUAAAGAACUUCCGUACCACCUUCGACCAGUGUAUCGAAGGACACGAAUCGUUCAAAAACGCCAUCGUUAAUUGCAGCCAGGGGGAACAGGGCUUCAGUUUGUUUAAAAAGUUUCAGCCGUAUGACUUUUACGAACAGGACGAUUGGCUUCAACAUUUUGAAAGAAAGUUCGUUGAGCGGUACGAGGAAAAGUUCGGUGUCAAAUUAUAA